CAAGCUGAUAAAACUACGAGUCUAACUGACUUAAAGUAACAUUCAUCGUUAGCCCUGGCUAGAGAAUAGUUCUUAACAGAGUUGCAUUAAAAAAGAAAAAACAUUUUAAUUUUUCAAAGUUUAUUAAAAAUUAUUAUUAAAAGUUUGAAAACAGUGUGUUUUUUUUUCAAAAGUAGAAAUAUUAAAAAAUAAAUUUGAAAAAUGUGUACCGCAGUAGAACUUCAACCCAUCCAAGUUUACCAAGGAUCAUUCGACUUGGAAUCCAAAAUUGAUGAAUGCAGUCUAAGGGAUCAGGAUGCAGCCAUUAAUAUUUGUGACUUGUCAAGCAUUGUCAGUAAAUACAAUGAAUGGAAGAGGAUGAUGCCAAGUAUUAUGCCUUACUAUGCUAUCAAAUGCAAUGACGAGCUGCCUAUUUUAAAAACUCUUGGAGAAUUGGGAACUGGUUUUGAUUGUGCUUCAAAAACUGAAAUAGAACAUGUUCUGAGCUUAGGAUUCAAUUCGGAAAAAAUUAUUUUUGCAAAUCCAAUGAAAUCAAUUUCUCACAUUCAAUAUGCAAAAGCUAACAACGUAACAGAUAGUACUGUCGACAAUGAGUUUGAAAUUUAUAAAAUAUUUAAACAUUAUCCAGAAUCAAAUGUUGUUGUACGUUUUCGUUCGGAUGCAAACAAGGCAUUAAGUUUACUUGGUAAUAAAUUUGGUUGUAAUGCUGAAGAAGAUGGAGCUGCUUUGAUGCUUCUGGCUAAGAGUCUUAAUGUUAAUGUUAAGGGAGUAAGUUUCCAUGUUGGAUCUGGUUGUGGUGAUUUGCCAGCUUAUGAGAGAGCUAUUUGCACAGGAAGUAGGUUAUACAAAACCGGAAACUUAAUCAAGCACAAGAUGGAAUUAUUUGACAUUGGUGGUGGAUUCCCUGGGGAUGAUGAUGAAAUGUUUGCCAAUAUUUCUGAAAUCGUCAAUAAAUCCCUAAGUAAAUACAUGAGUGAUGUAAAAGCUAAAAUAAUUGCUGAGCCAGGAAGAUACUUCGUAUCGACAGCUUACACGACAAUUUGUAAAAUCUAUUCAAAACGUGAGCUGAGAAGUCGUGAUGGCCAGUUGGAAAAAGUCAUGUAUUAUGUUAAUGAUGGAGUUUAUGGAACAUUCAAUUGUAUUUUAUAUGAAGACAUUAAAAUUGAUACAAUUCACUUCAAGAGUCCAGACAGUGAGAAGUUUAGUAGUUUAAUUUGGGGACCAACUUGCGAUGCUUGUGAUAAGAUUUGUGAUAAUGUAAACUUGCCAAAUCUUAAAGAUGGUGAUUUUAUUGCUUUUCCAAAUAUGGGUGCUUAUACAAUUCCAACAUCGAGUGCUUUUAAUGGAUUUACAUUGCCAAAAACACGUUUCUAUAUCAGAAAUGAUUUGAAAUUUCUCUAGAUUUUAAGUGAUUUAAUUUAUAUUGUAUAAUUGCAUUUAUUAUUAUUAUAAGAACCUGAAUGAAACUCAAUAAAAUAUUAGAAUAAGUAUACUAUAAAACCAUAAA